AAACGCCUACAUACGGUGCUGUCCUUGUUGAUUAUUGAUGAUGCUCUUAGAUGUAUUGCACUGUUAUUUACCUCCUUGUCACCUAUAUUUAUAUCUAUUGUGUAAUUGUAGGACAUGUUGAUAAUCGUAGUCUUGUUGCUCGCGCGCAUGCCGCCGUGAGUCAUCGGUAAGCGUUCUGCGCACAAUGCCGCACAACAGUCCAGUCGCGUCGCGGCAUACUUAGAGGACAUACAUGCCAUUAUUAUUCACGUGCCUGUACCUUAGCGAUCGAUAGAGUUUUAAAUGUUUAUUUAUAUAAAUUGAUAAAGAAAAGAACUAUAAAGUGUUGAUCAGUGAAGAUGUCUACUGUGAAGAAGAUAAUUGCUAUGCGUCAGUUGGACUCGAUGUUUGGAAAUAUGACCCUGGAAGGAGAGGGACGACAUUCACCUCUCGUCAGUUCCGUCACUGAGCACGACCCCCAUUGCGACGUGCAUGGCCGAUGUGGUACACCGUACCGUUCAUCUCUUUAUCUUCACAGCAGAGAAUCAACUCCAGGAUAUCAUAGGGAGUCAAUGUCACCUACAAAUGGGCUUAUUAUCAGGCGUCGUGAUUCUUUGGGAAUGUCGGGAUCGCCGGCACGCGAGUUGGAGCACCCGUCUACGUUCCCGAGCAUCCUUCGCAAAGAUCGGCAUAGCCCGUCACAGACGCCCCCACGCCGAGACACACCUAGCCCUACUCAGAGACAUUACAACAAAAGACAUUCCAUGGGCUCUUUUCCUAAUCUUAGUAAAACAAAUAUUAUCAACUACAACAGACGGGACUCCAUAUCCAGUAAUGGAAUCAGAGAAAUGAAACGCGAUUACGUUGGCUCGAUGAAUUCUCUCUCCAGAAAAAGUUCUAUAGACACAAAAAAAUCUUCAACAGACUCUUUAGACGUAUGGCAUUCAACAUGGGACUCUGAAAGGCGUAAUUCAGUAUCACCGCUGGGGCAUGAAGACAGAUACUCAUUUGGAUUUAAUAAGACGCAGACGAGAAACGGUGGUCACCAAAAUGUACCACUAUCAGCUCCGAGCGGUAUUGGUGGUGGAGAGGUGAACGGUUCGCGGCCCACCUUCAAACCGGUCACUGUUCUAGAAGACCUGCAGGCUGUACGCUGCGCGGAGUUCCACCCCAAUGGAAAACUGUACGCAGUCGGGUCCAACACGAAGACCCUUCGGAUAUGCACUUAUCCGAAAAUCGAAGAUAUCAAGGACUUCAAUAAUCCGACCGCACCAACAGUUUUACUCAAACGAACGAAACACCACAAAGGCAGCAUUUAUUGUUUGGCAUGGAGUCCAGCGGGGGAUCUUCUCGCGACAGGCUCCAACGACAAAACAGUGAAACUUAUGCGAUUCAACAGUCAUUCGUGUAAUCUCGAAGGGCAAGAGGUUGAAUUAACGAUGCAUGACGGCACGGUCCGCGAUGUGUGCUUCAUAGAAGACACGUCUAAUAAGACCAGCCUGCUUGUAAGCGGCGGGGCAGGUGAUUGCAAGAUAUACGUCACCGAUUGUGCUACUGGCAAGACUUUUCAAGCAUUGACUGGUCAUUCCGGGCACGUGUUGUCACUAUAUAACUGGGGAGGCGCCAUGUUUGUGUCUGGCAGCCAGGACAAGACUGUACGUUUUUGGGAUCUUCGCACGGGUGGAUGUGUUAACGUGAUAUCGCCACCAACUGGUCACCCGAGCAAGGGCUCGGCGGUGGCUUCUUUAGCGGUAGAUCCCAGCGGGAGGCUUCUCGUGUGCGGGCACGACGACGGCUCGUGUGCGUUGCAUGACGUGCGCGGGUCGCGCGCGUUGCAGCGGUUCACGCCGCACGCGGGCGACGUGCGGAGCGUUCGAUUUUCACCAGGCGCUUACUACUUACUCACGGCCGGGUACGAUGGACGCGUCGUGCUGACAGAUCUACAAGGGAUCAUCGUCAAACUUGCACCGUUUAUAAAUUUGUCUACAACCGAGUGUACAUGUUUCCCAGGAGACCUUACCUGCGCCCUACCGAGCGUGCCAGUGGCGCGUCACCCCGACAAGGUUAUAUCGGCACGAUGGCAUCCAGACGACUUCUCAUUCCUUUCCACGUCGGCGGAUAAGACCGCUGUUCUGUGGACGAUACCUCCAGUAUAG